AUGAAUGACCGUCUCCGCAUACUUUUGGCGGCGUUUUUGAGUCUACACGUCAGUUGGGCGACCAAAAAUGACGAUUUGCAAAAGUUCACCAUUCAAAUGAUUGGCUAUUCGCCGCAAAAAGUGAGUAUUGCACGUUUUUUGGUCCUCUGGACACUGCUACGAUUAUGCAAAUAAUUGUUUGUCAAACGACAAUACAUAAUCAUAGAGAGUCGUUCGGCGAACAUGACACGGACGAAAAAAAAGAGAGAGAGACAGAAACUAGUAGUAUUGCUAGUGAAGGAGAGGUGCUGGAUCUUUACAAAAGUUGAGGUACAAUUACAGACCGACGACUACGUGGCAGUUUCUGUCGAGGCGACGCCCGGAUACAUCGGUACGGAAUGUGUUUAUGUACUCACUCGUUGAAGCAGUUGCUGUGGACUUUUCACUGUCUCGCCAACAAUCGAUCUAAUGCUAAAUUGAGCGCCGCGUUGAAACGGAGUGUCGUUGAUGAAAACAAAAGCGAGUCUCUGAAAUUUCUGGAUUUUUUUCUCCGAAAACCCCGAAAUUUCAUCGGAAAAUUAGAAAAAUGAGGUGGAACAGAGAAUUUCCGAAUUGUUAAUGACAGUUGUGACCUUAAAUUAGCGUUUUGCGCACAAGAAAGCACGCAUUUUUACAUUUUUCUGUGAAUUUAAGUCCGGAUCCUCAAAAACUGAAAUUUCUGAGUCAUUUUUGCAUUUUAUGCGCCGUCUCUUGGCUCAAAACGACCGUCUUUGUCUGCUGAACAAUCGUUAGGCAACUGUUUUCUCGAAACUUCCGAAAAUUCACGUUUUUUCAAGCCAAAUUUUAAAAAAACGAAAUUACUCUUCGAAUGUUCACUUUUACACGAGCACACUCUGUGAUCAUUUUGUAUCUAUCGGUCAUUUGAACAAACGUGAGGCAAAAGUUUUGAAUGGAAAAGUGUGCAUAAUCCCAAAAACUCGGGAAAACAGCGUUUUCAGUUGAAAAACCGAGAGCCGCACGCAAAAAAGCGCGCGAAAAUUAAAAAAAAAACCUCCAUGAUAUUUUUGAUUUCCCUCCACUAACAUGUACCUUCAUGUCAUUCUCUCACUGUUCCAGGCAAUUGUGUGCGAUCCGUCUUCCCUAAAAGUCCACAGCAAGUGCUUCAACGCUGGUUAAAACUGAUGGGGCUAUUCAGCGAAUGCUUGUUUUCCGUUUUUUUCCCCGUUUUUUUUUACAUCGCUGAAUUGGAUUUUUUGACGUAAAAAAACGAAAAAAAAAACGAAAAACAAUCAUUUUUUCACAGCCUGAAUGAAUAACCCCAUGACAAGCAUGACAGACGAAUGAAUUGCAGUGGGAUUCGAGCCGAUGGCGCACGCGGACCGAGUACACCACAUGCUGCUGUACGGAUGCACGAUGCCGGCGUCGGAGCAGGGAUUCUGGCGCGGAAUGGAGACGUGCGGCUGGGGCGGCGGCAGUUAUAUUCUCUACGCGUGGGCCCGAAACGGUACGCGACACUGCUUUUUUUUGUUGUGCGGUUUCAAACAUUGAUUGUUUCUUUUUUGCAGCGCCGAACCUUGUGCUGCCAAACGACGUGGCGUUUUCGGUGGGCCACGAGCAGGACGGCAUCAAGUAUUUCGUGCUUCAAGUGCACUACGCACAGCCGUUCGCCGGAGAAGUACACGAUUUUUCGGGCGUCACUUUGCACAUCUCGCAACGCAAGCCGCUGAAUUUGGCGGCCGUCAUGCUGUUCGUCAGCGGAACUCCCAUCCCGCCACACCUACCCGCUUUCCAGGUAUUGCUUUUGUUUGUUUGUUUUUUGUUUCGAAUUUCGAUUCGAGAACAUCGAUUGCGCCACGGUCUCCAGAGCUGACACAAUAUGGGCGUUUUCAUGAAUUAAGCACGUUUUCUCUGAUUUUUGUCGUCAACGGCGAUGAAAAAUUAUUGUUCGACAUGAAAACACACUAAUUCUCACAGAAUUAAUGACGUUUUCGCGCAUUUUUCGCGGAUUUCGCUUUUUCGCCUUCGCCGCCGAUCGCCGCCCAAAAACCGCACUUCUCAUUUUGCGUUUUCUUGACCGUUUUCCGACAGAAUUGGUUUUGAGAAUGAUAAAUCACGUAAAUACAAGCAUUUUGAGCGCUCGAACCGCGAAAAUUACCGAAAAGCAACUGAAAUUCACGCAGUUUUAGCCAAAAUCCUUCAAACGAAUAAAUGUGAUUUGCGACUUGACCAAAUUUAACGCUCUUGCGCUUAAAAAAUUUGUAAUAGCCUAUGCAAUCGGUCUAUCGAGAGACAAAUCAGAAAUUAUCGAUUUUUCGUGGCUAAUCUGGCAAAAAACACAAAUUUUGCUGUUAAAAUUUGAAUUUUUGCGCUUUCUUGACCGUUUUCAGACAGAAUUGGUUUUGAGAAUGAUAAAUCACGUAAAUACAAGCAUUUUGAGCGCUCGAACUGCGAAAAUUACCGAAAAGCAACUGAAAUUCACGCAGUUUUAGCCAAAAUCCUUCAAACGAAUAAAUGUGAUUUGCGACUUGACCAAAUUUAACGCUCUUGCGCUUAAAAAAUUUGUAAUAGCCUAUGCAAUCGGUCUAUCGAGAGACAAAUCAGAAAUUAUCGAUUUUUCGUGGCUAAUCUGGCAAAAAACACAAAUUUUGCUGUUAAAAUUUGAAUUUUUGCGCUUUCUUGACCGUUUUUCAGACAGAAUUGGUUUUGAGAAUGAUAAAUCACGUAAAUACAAGCAUUUUGAGCGCUCGAACUGCGAAAAUUACCGAAAAGCAACUGAAAUUCACGCAGUUUUAGCCAAAAUCCUUCAAACGAAUAAAUGUGAUUUGCGACUUGACCAAAUUUAACGCUCUUGCGCUUAAAAAAUUUGUAAUAGCCUAUGCAAUCGGUCUAUCGAGAGACAAAUCAGAAAUUAUCGAUUUUUCGUGGCUAAUCUGGCAAAAAACACAAAUUUUGCUGUUAAAAUUUGAAUUUUUGCGCUUUCUUGACCGUUUUCAGACAGAAUUGGUUUUGAGAAUGAUAAAUCACGUAAAUACAAGCAUUUUGAGCGCUCGAACUGCGAAAAUUAUCGAAAAGCAACUGAAAUUCACGCAGUUUUAGCCAAAAUCCUUCAAACGAAUAAAUGUGAUUUGCGACUUGACCAAAUUUAACGCUCUUGCGCUUAAAAAAUUCGUAAUAACCUAUACAUUCGGUCUAUCGAGAGACAAAUAACAAAUUAUCGAUUUUUUGUGGCUAAUCUGGCAAAAAACAUAAAUUUUGCGCUGUUAAAAUUUGAAUUUCGCGCCAACGUCUCGCUCUAUUGUCAGCUCUGAAGAUCGUGUAUUGCAGAACAACAUAACGUGCGUGUUCGAGUCUGCGACACCGAUCCACCCGUUCGCAUUCCGUACUCACACGCACGCGAUGGGCCGUCUCGUCUCGGCGUUCUUCAAGCACGACGGGCGGUGGAACAAGAUCGGCAAGCGGAAUCCGCAGUGGCCGCAGCUGUUCGAGGCGAUCCCGACGAAACUGACGAUCGGCAGCGGCGAUCAAAUGUCCGCCUCGUGCCGCUUCGACAGUACGGACAAGAAUCGGACUGUCCGCAUGGGGUCGGUUUACGAAUAGCGAAAACAGCGAAGAAAAAAAGGUGCGUGAUUGCAGAGCGAUGGGCGUCGACGAGAUGUGCAACUUCUACAUGAUGUUCCACUACGACGCGAAACUCGAAAACCCGUAUCCGCAGGGUGCGAUUUGCGCGCAAAACUCUCCGAAUCUGAUGAAAGACUAUCCGCACGACGGCUUCGAACUCCUUCCGCCCCGGCCCGAGCUCGAGCAUCACGCGCACCAAUCAAAGGUUCCGUUUGGUAUAAUCGCCGAGGCGAUUCAUGAGGUGAUCGGCGGAAUUAAACUGGGUCAAGUGGCCGGACUCGCGUUCGACAAUCACGGAAACCUUCUCGUGUUCCAUCGCGCCGCGCGUGUCUGGGAUGCCUCCACUUUUGACAAUUACAACAUUCUGCUCGACAAGACGCCGAUCAAAGAGCCGACGAUACUCGUCGUCUCGUUCCGCGGGAAUGAGUCGAGGUUGGAGAGGCGGUUGGGCGCUGGACAGUUCUAUUUGCCACACGGAAUCUACGUGGAUGUCGAUGGAUUUGUGUACACGACCGACGUCGGCUCGCACACGGUUGCAAAGUGGACGAUCGACGACGGCGGCGAGCUGAAGAACGUGUGGACGAGUGGAGAGGCGCUGCUGCCCGGCUCCGAUCAGCAGCAUUAUUGUAAACCGACGGGUGAGUUACUUUGCAACUUUCGGACGUUUUGCAACCGGCCUUAUCACCGAAAUGGUCAAGCGGAACAAACCAGUUCCCUGGGUGCUUAUGAGACAACUAGUUAGACACUUUGCAACCACAACCAGAUGCAGAGGUGGACACUUUGCAACCGAUGACUUUGUAAAUUCAGGAAUCACGCGAAUCGGCGACCAAUUGUACGUCACCGACGGAUACUGUAACAGCCGAGUCGUCGUGUUGGAUUUGAACGGUAAACGAAUGGUGAGUCUCAGAUUUUCCCUUCAAACAUUUCAAUGCGACGCCCCCCCCAUCCCUGCAGCAACAAUUCGGACUUCCGGGCGACGCGUUGGGCCAAUUCAACGUUCCGCACGACGUCGUCGCCGACUCGGCCGGACGUCUUCUGGUGACGGACCGGGAGAACGGACGUGUCCAGCACAUGACCACUCAGGGACACGUCAUCGAGGAGUUCAAAUCCACGUGAGCGACUUUUUUGUUGUUGAAACGAUGCGCCACGGUCUCCCAGGGGGCGCUAAUGCUAAACACAGUGCGCUCGUAAAUUGCGGAGUGUCGUUGUAACUUUUGAAAAUUUGCAGGUCUGAAAAUGCAUUUCAAGUUACGACCUUUGAUUCUUUCUUUUUCACUUGAAAAACGUCUAGAAAACAAUAUUUUAAUGAUUGGAAACCGCUCUUUACAGAAUUUCGAGUUUUUCAUGUUUUUAGCGUCUUUUUCGCAUUUCGUCAAAACUUCAAACUUUUAUAUUUCAGCUCAUUUUGCAUUUCAUGAGCCCAACGAACGAUAAAAAUGUUCGCUGAAUCUUUCUUCACAAAAUUCAGGUUCCGGCGGUUAGUUUUCUUGAGCAGUUUUCGAAAACUAUUCGAAAAACAUCAAAAUCCAGGCCAAAACCUUCAAAUCGAAAUAACUCGGCUAAUUCUCAACGAUGUGCGAGAUUUCUGUUACCAAAACGUAGCUAGUGCUCUAAUUAUUCGAAUCCAAGUUCCACGCGUACAAAAAAUAGGUGUAUUGUACAGAAAACAUGGAAAGAACGCGGCCUCCCGUUGAAAAUAAAUUAAUCGGCCGCCGCGUAAAUCGACACAGCCCGCCUGUUGCAAGUGCGCCCCAUUGAAAUAAUUCGCGCCGUGGGCGACCGUGAGAUGUGAUAAAGUUCGAACAAACUGUUUCAGAAUGUUCACCAACAUCUACUCGGCCGCCUCGUUCGAAGAUUACGUGUUUAUGGUGCCCGGAAGAGCGGUUCGUGACUUCUAUAAGCGUUUAUCGAAAACAGUGCCAAUUUUUGUAGAUAAUGGGCCACGAGCAGGACGGCAUCGCAGUCUUUGUGGGCCGUUCGGGCACCGGCCUGAUCGAGUACGCAUUCGGGCCGGCGACACGUGGCAAACGGGAGCAGAUGGGCGAGCAGUUCGGACAACCGCACUGUCUGCGCGUCUCCCGCGACGGAUCGACAAUAUUUGUGGGCGAUAUUGCCGAGGGAAAAGCCCGUCUGUGGCAGUUCAAGGUUUGUCGCUUGUUUGGAUGAUUUCUGAAGAUUUUCCAGGUGCAAAAGGUUGUGGAGCACUCGAUGCACCAUGUGGAAGAGACAGAGAACGAACUUGAACUCAUGUCCACAAAUAAAUGAAUAGCGCACACUCCCAAUGCCUGGCUUUCAGGUGCAACACGAAGAGUCGGGAAUGGCGGCGGUGCACUCGGCGGGCGUCUCGCUCGGAUGGCCGUCGCUUUCGCAGUCGGACCCCAAAUAUUCCUCCUUCUUCGUCCUCCUCGCCAUUGCCAUACUCGUGUUGGGCGCGUAUUGUGUGAAGAGACGAUGCCGGAAUCUGGAGAACGGAGGAGCACUUUUCGACAAAAGGGUACGGUUUUCGAACGGUUUUCGGCGGGGCACAAAAGGCCGGCCCAGACUUUUUGAGGCCUGGAUCAGAGUUGAGCGGAAGAACUCAACACGGAAGAAUUUUUAUCUUUUAGAAAAUUUUUUCAUGAAAUGUGCACAACUGACGAAAUGUAUAGCAAAGUGAACUCUGCUCAUAGAAAAAUAAUUGUAAAUUUAACUUUUCAUACAAAAAAGUUCCGUCCUUCCGUCUUCCGUUAGCCCUUUUUUCACGGAACAAAUCUAAUAACUUUUUUGUAUGAAAAGCUAAAUUCACAAUUAUUUUUCUAUAAGCAGAGUUCACUUUGCUAUACAUUUCGUCAGUUGAUCACAUUUCAUGAAAAAAUUUUCUAAAAAAGAUAAAAAAGAUGCGGCCUUUCGGGUCUCUGAUCCACAUAUCUCGGGACCGGAUGAUCCGAUCGAUCUGAAACUUGGACCCCAGAUACUUGAAUCCCGGUCCUAGAUGUCUGUAAAGUCUGGACCCAAUCAAAAGUCCAGGCUUUUUACCGAAAACUGUCAAAAAACCCCCCAUUUUUCAGGGCUUCAAACCACUGCGAACCGAGGAAACUGUCGGAUUCAUAAGCGACGGAUCGGAUAGUGAUUAG